AUGGAUCCUCGUUGUCCUCGCAAAUGGACCCGGAAGGAAGAUUCGAUUCUGCGAUCCGAGGUCGGAGUCUAUCAAAGUAAGAGCCAAUCUAGGACUCUCAGAUAUGCAGUGGCUAAGAUCGCCAAAGAUACUUCAUCCCCGAUUCCAUGGACGGCGAUAUCAACGAAAUUGCCGGGUCGUAACAACAAAGAUUGUCGAAAACGGUGGUAUAAAAUGGCCGAUGCGUAUCGGAAAGGCCCGUGGACUGAGGAGGAAGAUCAAAGUCUACUCCAAGCCAUCAGUGCAUAUGGGACCCGGUGGAAUCAAGUCAGCCAGCAUGUCGGUACCCGCAAUGCGGAUCAAUGCGCCAAGCACUGGCAGCACUCCCUCGAUCCCAGUAUCGACCGAAGCCCGUGGACCGCCCAGGACGACGAAGCUCUGCUGAGUGCGGUCUUGGAACUGGGUCGGGCCUGGCGACUGGUCGCUUCGACCAAGUUCCCAUUUCGAUCGCCGACUGACCUCAAAAAUCGAUAUGAGUUGGUCUGCCGACGCUUACAGAAUACUGUGGAGGACCAGUCCUCUACCCAACUCCACCGUGCGCUUCCUGAUCUCGAUGAACUGAUGAAUCUGGGGUCUUCCCAUCAUUAUCCCGAGUAUUCUUCAAAUUUCGAGAAGAAUGAGCUUCCUGAUCUCGAUGAACUGAUGAAUCAGAAGACUUCCCAUCACAACCCCGAGUAUUCUACAAACCUCGAAGAGAUUCAGCCAUUCGUCCAACACCACCAUGAGCUUUCUGAUCUCCAUGGCCUGAUGAAUCUGGAGAGUUUCCCCAACGAUCCUGAGUAUCCCUAUUCAGACCCCGAGAUGGUCGAUCCAUCCCUCUUACCCUUGACUCCCGAGUCCGAAUUGCCCCCGAGAGUGGACACGGACACGUUUUGCUCCAAGCCAUCCCUUUCGAAGCCGAUCCCUCUCCCGUGUAAUCGACCUUCUCCUAGCGCAGUAUCUUCGCCGAGUUACACCUUGAUAGUAAAUAAUAUCGACCCAACUUCGGUCGGAGAUCUGAUGCACUCGCUGAUGGGAUGUGGGUUGAUGUUGGAUAUGAGACUUCAGCGACAGACCGAUAGAUUCACCUAG